UUUCAGUGUUCUGGAAAAGUUUCAUAUAAAAAGGAAGCUAGGAAGACGAAAAGUGACAGUACUCAGCAUACUCCAAACGAAGCUGGGAUUCCUUUGGCUCUUCGCCCUCAAACAGAAUGGAGCCGAUUCCCAAACUUCUAGCUGGACUUAUUCUGCUGACUUUAUGUGUGGUGGGCUGCUCCAGCCAACACUGGUCCUAUGGAUUGCGCCCUGGAGGAAAGAGAAAUGCUGACAAUUUGAUUGAUUCUUUCCAAGAGAUAGCCAAAGAGGUUAAUCAACCAGCAGAACCUCAGCGCUUUGAAUGCACGGUUCACCAGCCCCGCUCUCCCCUCAGGGACCUCAAAGGAGCUCUGGAAAGCCUGAUUGAAGAGGAAACUGGGCAGAAGAAGAUUUAAAUCCACUGAGCCAGAAGGAUUGACAACACCUCAG